GACUAAUCGUUUCUCGUUUAAAUGCCAGCAUCAAACCAGCAUCAAACCAUGGACAUUUCUGAACGCAAUAAUUUCUUCGCUUUUGAUGUAUAAGUAUCCGCUCUGAAGUUUCAGACAAUAAUAAACGGCUUGUUGAAGUUAUAAGACUCACCGCAUUCUUCUAGCUGAUGAAAUAUGGAAUUGCUGCAGUUGCUGUGUUACACAUGCCUUCUACUUCUUUCGAAGAUGCUAGUGUUGCAAGCCGUUAGCUGGGAAGAGUGGUGGACAUACGAUGGCAUAUCAGGUCCCGCUUUUUGGGGUCUCAUCAAUCCGGAAUGGUCACUCUGUAACAAGGGACGUCGUCAGUCUCCGGUGAAUCUAGAGCCGCAGCGAUUGUUAUUUGAUCCGAAUCUUCGUCAGAUGCAUAUUGACAAGCACAGGAUAAGUGGAAUUAUAAGCAAUACUGGUCACAGUGUAAUUUUUACAGCCGGUAACGAAACUGUGGCGAAUUACGACGGCAUGCAGACACCAGUGAAUAUAUCUGGCGGUCCACUUUCUUACCGUUAUCGUUUCCAUGAGAUACACGUACACUACGGACUUAACGAUCAAUUUGGCUCCGAGCACAGUGUUGACGGCUACACGUUUCCGGCAGAGAUACAAAUAUUCGGUUAUAACUCACAAUUGUAUGCAAAUUUCUCAGAUGCCCUGAAUCGUGCGCAAGGAAUCGUUGGAGUCUCCAUUUUAUUGCAGCUGGGCGAUCUGUCCAAUCCCGAACUACGAAUGUUGACCGACCAAUUAGAACGUAUUCGUUAUGGCGGCGAUGAGGUCUUUGUAAAGCGGCUGUCUAUACGUGGACUCCUGCCUGACACAGACCAUUACAUGACGUACGAUGGGUCGACAACGGCUCCGGCCUGUCACGAGACAGUCACUUGGGUGAUUCUCAAUAAACCAAUUUAUAUAACAAAGCAACAGUUGCACGCACUGCGCCGCCUGAUGCAGGGCAGUCCUGACCAUCCAAAAGCGCCACUGGGAAAUAACUAUCGUCCUCCACAGCCGCUGCUGCAUCGGCCCAUCCGCACAAAUAUUGACUUUAAAACAACGAAAACAAAGGCCGCUUGUCCCACCAUGUACCGUGAGGUCUAUUAUAAGGCAACCAGUUGGAAACAAAACUAGAAGUCAAUGCCAUAACGUACAGUUUAAAGCGUGAGACGUGAGUAAUGUGUGGCUUGCAAAAGGAGCUUCCAAUAAAUAUACAUAUAUAAUAAAAAAGCGGAAGAGUCAAAGAGGAAAGCGAUCGGGAGAGAUUAAAGCAAAAUAAAUUA